ACAUUAGUUACCUUUGUUAUCUGCGUUCACAUGAGGUGAAGUUAUCGGUGAGGAAUCAUGCAGUUUUUGGAAGCUGCCGAAGCCGAUUGCUCCGAACUCGACAGGAAACCACUAGUAUUAUAGGAGCUAACGGAUGUAUAUAUAUAAGUUAUUUCACAGUUGGUUGGCUGCUUGAUGGUUCGCUUGCAAACUUUUUUGGACUGCCAUAUAACAUAAUGGAUAGGUAACUUCAAAGGUCAUCGAAGAAAAUUGAAGUUAGACUGUAAACAAAGUUGUAGCUUGGUUGCUUGGUCAGCGUGUUUAUAUCAACAGCUGUUCCAUAACCACUGAGCUAGCAACAUUGUUUUUACGCUUUUAGUCAGUGAACGAACUUUUCUCAUUUGCAAUAGUUGUUUUUUUCAUUAGCAAUUGUUAUUUAUACGAUUACUAUCAUAAUAAUUAACGUCAGUUAAUUUAAUAAUUGACUAACGGUGUCUUGCUUGCUGCUAUUUUAAAGCUGACCCCUGUCACAGGAGGUAACCAGCUCAGCGAUGAAUCUUGCGUUUCGACUUGGAUUGCUGUUUUAUUACAAAUUAGCAAACUGUUAAUCUUGUAAAAAAAAAUGUGAUGUACAUCUAAUCUUGCGCACUAUUUACCCAGCUAAUCUGUUGCUUUGUCGCAAUUGCUAGUUUGCAGGUAGCUAGCCAGUGAAUGCUAUUUUGAUCAAGUUUAUAUUGGACUGGUUUUGUUAAAUUAGUUAGAACGCAAUUAGCCUUAGGGCAAAUUAGUCAGCUAGUCACCUGAUGACAUUAGUUGCGUAAAAAUUAACCCCCCCCACCCCGCGAAGUCAUGCGGAUGUCGCCCAAAAUAUGUGCUUGUUACUGUAACGUUAGCAACCUAACGUUUGACACUUAGAAGAUAAUUGGGCAAGGGGAACACUGCUGGCAUUUGAAACUGCUAAUGUGACUCCAGUGUUCCGAGCUUAAGUAUAUUUUCAGACGCGUUUCCGUACAGGAAUGACUGUGAUAGAUGUAUGAGGCUAUUAUGAUCAAACGACAUAACAUGUUUACUUGUGGUUAAUAUUAUUGGUUGAUAUUAUUUUUAUUAAUUUUUUCUACUGUUUCUGCAGAGAUAAUGGACAAUAAAAAACUUCUGUUAGGUUUAACAGAAAAUAACAGAAAUUACUAAUGGCUUUGUAUAGGUAGGGAAGAAAUAUUAUGAAUAUAUAUGUAUUAUAAGUGGUCUUCAACAUAGAAAUUCACGUGCCUUUAAGGCAUCAGAAAUCCACCAUGUCUUUGUUCCUAUGUUCAAAACUUCCUGAGAAUUUGAAGAAAACCACGGCCGUGAAGAAAGCCGUCCUCCUGCUUGUCGCUGCCUACGGGGUGAAGAAACUAUACCCCUUUGUCUCUGGAAAACUCAGAGGAGGGGUUGAUAAGAGGCUGGAUGGAAAGCUUCCACAAACAUCCAACAGGGGAGCACAGGAUGGGGAGAAAGUCAGAGAAAAAAGCAGCUCUCCAGCCGUGAAUCGCAUGUUUCUUCAGAGACUGGUUCGGCUCCUGCGCAUCCUUUUCCCUCAGUUGCUCUGCAGGGAGCUGGGCCUGCUGGGCGUCCACUCUCUGGCCCUCAUAUCGCGGACAUUCUUAUCCAUCUAUGUCGCCAACCUAGACGGCAGGAUCGUCAAGACCAUCGUAAAGAAGGACCCUCAAGCCUUUGUGUGGGAACUGACCAGGUGGCUCCUAAUUGCCAUCCCCGCUACCUUUGUCAACAGCGUUAUCCGUUACCUGGAGGGCCAGCUGUCCCUGGCCUUCCGCACCCGGCUGGUCACCCACGCCUAUGGCCUCUACUUCAGCGACCAAACCUAUUACCGCGUGAGCAACAUGGACAGCCGCCUGGCCAAUCCAGAUCAGUCCCUGACUGAGGACGUAGUGAUGUUUGCUGCCUCCGUGGCCCACCUCUACUCCAAUCUCACUAAGCCCAUCCUGGAUGUGGUGGUGACCUGCUACACCCUCCUCAAAACGGCCGAGUCCAAGGGCGCCAACACCACCUGGCCGUCGGUCAUAGCGGGCAUUGUGUUCGCCCUCACAGCCAAGGUGCUUCGCGCCUUUUCGCCCCAGUUUGGCAAGCUGGUUGCCGAGGAGGCCAGGAGGAAAGGAGACCACCGCUACAUGCACUCACGCAUCAUCGCAAAUUCUGAGGAGAUUGCCUUCUAUGGGGGCCAUAAGGUGGAGAUGGCCCAGUUGCAGAGGAGCUACCAGGCGCUCUCGUCCCAGAUUAACCUGAUCCUGUUCAAGAGGCUGUGGUACGUCAUGCUGGAGCAGUUCCUCAUGAAGUAUGUGUGGAGCUCCUCAGGCCUGGUCAUGGUGGCUGUACCCAUCAUUACAGCCACAGGAUACUCCAAACACGAUUCGGAGGACGUGAAGCAGGCUGCCAUGGUGAUGAAGGAGGAGGAGCUUGUGAGUGAGAGGACGCAGGCCUUCACCACAGCCCGGAGCCUUCUGAGCGCGUUGGCUGACGCCGUGGAGAGGAUCAUGAGCUCCUACAAGGAGAUGACUGAGCUGGCAGGCUACACGGCGCGGGUGUACGAGAUGUUCGCCGUGUUCGAUGACGUGCGGGUGGGGGUGUACAGACGCUCGGCGGGGGUGCAGGAUGGCGGGGCAGCGCAGGACUCGCGGGUAGUGCAGCACGGUAUGAGGAUCGAGGGCCCGCUGGAGAUCAGAGGUCAGGUUGUUGACGUGGAGCAAGAAAUCAGCUGUGAGAACCUCCCCAUCAUCACGCCCACAGGAGAUGUGGUGGUGACCAGCCUCAACAUUAAGGUGGAGGAUGGGAUGCACCUCCUCAUCACCGGGCCGAACGGCUGUGGGAAGAGCUCUCUGUUCCGCAUUCUCAGUGGCCUAUGGCCCGUGUACAGUGGUGUCCUGCGUAAACCAGCCCCCCAAAACAUGUUCUACAUCCCUCAAAGGCCCUACAUGUCGGUGGGCACCCUGCGAGACCAGGUGAUCUACCCCCACACCCUGCAGGACAUGAGGGCUCGUGGGCUGACCGACGAGCAGCUGGAGGGCAUCCUGAACAUCGUCAACCUGCGCUACAUCCUGGAGAGGGAGGGAGGUUGGGACGCAGAGAGCGACUGGAAGGAUGUUCUCUCAGGAGGAGAGAAACAGCGCAUGGGGAUGGCCAGGAUGUUCUACCACAAGCCUAAGUAUGCCCUGCUUGAUGAAUGCACAAGUGCUGUGAGCAUUGAUGUAGAAGGCAAAAUCUUCCUGUCUGCAAAGGAUGCUGGGAUAGCUCUUCUCUCCAUCACUCAUCGACCGUCACUCUGGAAGUACCACACCCACCUGCUGCAGUUUGACGGCGAGGGAGGCUGGCGCUUCCAGAAGCUGGACGCCUCCACGCGGCUGUCCCUGCAGGACGAGAAGCUGCGGCUCGAGACCCAGCUCUCCGGGAUUCCCAAGAUGCAACAGCGCCUGGCCGAGCUCUGCUGCAUCCUGGGGGAGGACGGCACCCUGGCCCGCCCCAGCGAGGAGGAGGGCCCGCAGGAGGAGGAGGAAGAAGAGGAGGAGGAGGAGGAGGAGGAGGAGGAAGAGGAAGAAGAGGCCAAGGAGGACAGACAUGACUGAAACGGGAAGCUGAAGGAACAGACGCAGGGGAGGUGGUGACAUCACACAUAGAUAAUCUGAGUGAAAUGCCAAGUAGCAACACUAACCCGCAUGUGACCGUGUGGGCUGCAGGUCAAACGGUCACGAGAGUUCAGGCAUGGCCGGCUGUAACGGCAGCAGGAAAGCCACACUGUGAGCUUGUAGUAUGGAGCAGCUAUGUGGGGUUUGCUCAAGGGCCCAACAGCCACACUGACCUUUGAACCACUGGGGUUUGAACCACCAAACUUCCAGUUCCCAGUCAAGCCACCUUAGACUUAUGCAGUAGGGCCUACCCCUGCACUAUACACUGUGGUCGUCCGUCCACUGGGAACCUCUUUUAGCAUUGAAGAAUACCUUGCUUUACCCCCCACCCGUUAUAGGUAUUCAAAACAUUCUCACUGCGGUUAGUGAAACAAUUCUCUUUAUCAGGAAACCUUUAGUAUGUACCGUGUUUGCCUAGCAGAAGGGUGCGGGUGACUACCAGUACUGUAUUGCAUCAGUGUUUGUGCGCAUGUAGGUUUUGUCCCUUCUUCUGUUGAGAUUACCAGCUACUUGGAAUGUUACACACUGUGAGCAAAAUGAAUGGAUAUCUGGGUGUCUGUACCCAUAGAUUUUUAUUUUAACUUAUUGAAUUUUUUGACUGUUGUAUCGAUUAACUCUUUUUUUUCUUGAUCUAUAUGUGCUUUUCUUUUUAGAUGUGGAAGUGUAGUUUUGCAAAUGUGUAGUUUGUAAUAUUGUAAUGUAAUAUUUUUGCAGAAAGCAGGUGCACUAGUUGUAUGAAUGCAGUUCACUAUGAUUUAUGAAUUGCAGUGAAUUCAGUUUAAUAUGAUACCAUUAUAUGAAUCACGUAUGUCUAGAAAAAAAUCUAUUUUAUUCUAAUGUCUAAUAUUAAGGACAAUUUUAUAUUUUAUUAUGACUAUCUAUUUUAUUAGCAACAAAACAAUGAAUUAAAUUGUUACAGAUUGAUGAAAAACUUUUUCAAUUUCUUUUUAUUUUUUGCUGUUGUCUUUUGUAAUUGUAAUAUUUUCUGACAUUGGAUUGCAAUCAUUUCCUGUUAGCCAUUGUUAAUAUUAUACUUCAGAAAGGGUUGAUAAGAAGGAAUUUGAUAUGUCACCCUGAAUUGUUAAGAACAAUAAAGAGAGGGGUGAUUCCUGUCUUUAUUAGUCUGUCCUUCGCAUUUCUGUACCAGAAGGAGAUCGAUGCCCUUUGUCUCAGCUACCUUAUCUUUUGCACAAUUGAACGUCUCCUUUGUAGAGAGGAAACGCAACAGGUACAUAAAUCGACGUUUCCAUUGUUUGCCUGACGCACAGAUUUCAUUUGACGUUUAUUAUGUCCAAUUAAUUGUAUUAACCAAAUAAAAAUAAAAUGUAUAUUAAAA